AUGAUAAAAACUUAUUUUAUAUUAUUAAAACUUAUAUUGAUAUUUAAUUAUCUUUUAUAUAUAAAAUGUUAUAAAAAAAGUGUUCCUCAAUUAUUUAGUACUAAAAUCCAAGAUAGUAAUGUAGGGACUUAUGAAGUAAAAUCUAAAGCAUUAAAAAAAUUGUAUGAAAGAAAACUAAUUCAUUAUGUUAGCGAUAUAAAAGGUAUUGAUAAAAUAUUAUGUAAGAAUGAAAAUGAAAAAGAGAGAAAAUAUAGAAAAUCCGUAUAUGUAGGAAUAGAUUUAAAUUGUAAAUACUUACAUUUAGGAAAUUUAAUACCAUUAAUUACAUUAGAUACUUUAAGAAAUUACAUGACAGAUAUAAUAAUUUUAUUGGGAAGCAGCACAACAAAAAUAGGAGAUCCGUCUUUUCAAAAUACCGAAAGAAAAAAGACAUUAGAUGAAGAAAUUUGUGAAAAUGAAAAGAAUAUAAGAAACAAUAUAAUUAAUUUAUUCCUUCAAAACGAAUUAAGUAAAAAAAAUUUAAAUGAAAUUAUUGAAAGAAGCAAUUUAUCAUCUAGUAAAGAAUUUACUUACGAAUCAGAAAAAAAAGGAUCUUUAACCAUUUUAAAAAAUAAUAUAUGGUACGAUAAAAUGAACAUCAUUGACUUUUUAAAAUAUGGAGAACAUUUAUCUGUUAAUAAAUUAUUAAGAAAAGAAUGCUUUUUAAAAAAAUUAAAAAAAAAUCUAACAUUAAAAGAUUUAAACUAUGUAACAUUACAGUCUUUCGAUUUCUUAUAUUUAUUUCAAAAUUUUAAAACUUAUAUUCAAAUAGGGGGUUCUGAUCAAUGGGGUAAUAUACAAUCAGGUAUUGAACUUUGCCAAAACAUUUUUAAAACUCAAUUAUUUGGUUUAACCACCAAUUUAUUAGUACAUAAAAAUAAUGUUAAAUAUAGCAAAUCUUUAUUUAAUGAGAAUAGAAAAUUACCUAUAUGGAUUGAUAAGUCUUAUAACCCUCCCUAUUUAUUUUGGAAUUUUUUAAGAAAUAUAGAAGAUGAAAAAGUUCAAUCAUAUACUGAUAUGUUAACAGAUAUAAAUAUUGAUACAAGUCAUCAAAUAGACAAUUAUACAAAUAGUAAUUCUAGUAACUUUAAUGAAAUUGAAAAUAUAGGUGAUACAACUAAUAAUAAAGAUUCCAUAAAUUUUCAGAAAACUUAUGAAGAAGAAAUUAACAAAGCAAAGAAAAAGCUUUCUGACAGUGUAACAUCAUAUGUAUAUGGAAAGGAAACUGUUAAAAAAAUUCAUAAAAUGAAUAAAAUGAUGAAAAAUGAAGAAAAUUAUAAAAUUGAAGAUAUUGAAGAUUUAAAAAUUUUUCCAUUUCUUGAAAUUAAUAAAGAAGAUUUAAAUGAAAACAAAAUAGACAUUUUGCAAAUGUUAAGAAAAUUUGAAAUAGCUGCUACAAAUAAAGAAGCAAAGGAGAAAAUAAACCAAAACUGUAUAUAUUUAAACAGGAAUCUUGUAACCAAUCCUAAACUUCAAUUAAAUAUAAGUCAUUUCUUGCAAGUACAUAAUAAUUAUUAUGCAAUUUUAAGAUUAGGAAAAAAAACUUUUUAUUCUAUCAUAGUAAAAUGA